CCAAGGCCAGACAGUCUGGCCAUCCCCACCACUGGUCUAGAGGCUUGCCGCCUUUGCCUCUGCUCGCCGGCACAGUUCCCUAGCCUCCUCAUUUCUCCUGAGUGACCAGCUCUGCAGAGAGCUGAUGCGUCUUGUGCUGAGUAAUGGACGGCAGGAAAUACCCACUCUAUAAAAGGAAGCUGGCGAGGAAGACGCCCACAGGCAACCUGGACAAGCAGAAGGGGUCAGCUGGGAUUUGGAUUUGCUGCUGGCUGUCCGUCAAGGGUGUGGAGCAGGGAGGCAGGACCAUGUGGCUGGCCCCAGCUCUGCUCCUUCUCAGUUUCCCAGGCUGUUUCGCCAUCCAAGGCCCAGCAUGGGUGAGAGGCCCAGAGAAGGGGUCAGUAACCAUUCAAUGUCGCUAUAGCUCCAGAUGGCAAGCCUACAACAAGUGGUGGUGUCGAGGAGCAAACUGGAAGACCUGCAGGGUCCUCAUUCGAACCACGGGAUCAGAGAAAGAAAGGAAGAGUGGCCGGUUGUCCAUCAGGGACAACUGGAGAGAGAACUCGCUCCUGGUUACCAUGGAGAUGCUCAGGCAAAAUGACACAGACACUUACUGGUGUGGUAUUGAAAAAUUCGGAACGGACCGUGGAACCAGAGUUAAAGUGACCGUUUACCCAGAGGGAAGAGAUACCAUGUCUUCCCAGCUAGACGCCUCUAUGGAUAGCAACACACAUGUGAUUUCCUCUGACUUAUAUAAGAGGACACACUACAUACUCCUGGCAUUUCUGAAGGUGCCUGCCUUGCUCAUCUUGGCUGGUGUUGUCCUCUGGCUGAAGAGGUCAACUGGGAAGGUCCCCGAGGAACAGUGGAGACACACUGUCAGCAGCAAUUCGGACUCUGAAAUUCUGGAAAAAGACAUUGUCCCUUAGACUGGAGCAUAAGCAGAGCCUUCCCAGUCUGGACUCUCGUUCCAGAAACAUCUUUAAGUCCUCAGUGGGUAGUGAGUGAGGCUGGUGCCCAAAGGGCUUAGCCAGGCAUGAUCUCCACUCUACACACCAUGGGGACCCUGCUCAGUACCCCCUAGCUAUCAUCACACCUGCAGUACUAGAAUCUUGCUCCUCCUAUACAUCCUCACCUGCCCUAUGCCUUCCACCCACCACGGUCAGCCUGGAGUGAGAACCGCUGGAAUGGAACCCAAGCUGCAGAAAGACAGCAGCGUGUCCCUUGAUGAAAAAGCUCGUGCAGAGUCUAAGACUAAAGCACAGGGAAACAGAAGGGACCCAGUGGUGUGGCUAGUCUAUGCUAUGACUCUGUCACAGAGAGCUCAGGGAGUGUGGAGCAGGAUCCGUCCUCUGUCUGUCCUGGACACUGAGGCCACCCCUAGCAUGCACUUCUGAGGAACCUGACAGGCCCAGGGCCUGGAGUGGAGAGAACUCAGACAUCCAUGACUUUGCCACAGAAGCUGAGGUUGCAUUUCCCAGCAGGUGUGUUUGCUCCAGGGCCGGAAGCAGAAGGCCACACACCCUUAAAUAGAGCUGUGGCCUACAUAGAUGCAUGGCAUGCUGGUUCUAACCAGAGGUUAGCCAGGGGAGAGUAACAGAGAGAGGAGAAUAGCAGAGAGAGCAAGGCAGGCAGAGAGAGUAGUGUGCCUCCCGACCUGGGUCCUCCCCAUGACCUGCACUGCAACAUCCGCUCUGCAGAGGAAGUCAGGGUUAGGGUAGCUCGUCAGAGCAACUACCAACAGCACGAGUCAGAAUGGUCCCUUAUCAAAGGGUUCUUCUGCUUUAACUGUGGUUGGGGAAAAUAAAAGCCUAACAUGCUUUUCCCAUGAGGUUUCCAGUGCACAGUGCAGAGCCGGUAUGCACACUGCAAAGGCAACAGAUCUCUAGAACAUUCUCAUCUUGCAAGACUCAGACUCUAAGCCCACUGCACACAACCCCCCACCCCACCAGGCCCUGGCUACCACCAUUUCACUUUUUUCCCCUGAUGAGUUUUGCUAAUGUACUUGAGUGGAAUCAUGAGGCGUUUUUAGUCUGGGAUUGCUUUAUUCUAGUAGCACCAUGUCCUCAAGGAUCAUCCACCUUCUAGCAGAAGACAGAAUUCCUUUAUGUUCAAUGCUGAAUAUCUCCUACUGUGCAGAUAUACCACUCAUUUACUAACAGGCCUUUUGGCUGUUAUUUGCUCUGGGCACAUGAGGACAAUAAGCAUUGGUGUGUUGGUAUCACAUUGAGAUGCUGUCUUCAAUUCUCUUGGAUCUGGUGGUGACAGUUAAUCUUGAUUGUUGACCUUGCUGGGUUUAGAAUCACCUGCGGGACACACCUCUGAGCUUUUCUAUGAGGUUGCUUCCAAAGAGGUUUAACUGAGGAAGGAUGACCCACCCUGAAUGUGAGCCCUCACCCUCCCAUAUCCUGGGGCCUCAGGCUGAAUAAACACAAGGAAAGGGAGGAAGUGAGCUGAACACCAAUGGGUUCAUCUCUCUUCUUCCUGAGGAUGAAGUGUGGCUCGUUGUUCAGCCAUUACAGCUAGAUCUACUCCUGCUGCCGUGUCAUCUCCAACAUGAUGGACUGUAGCCCUUAAAACCAUGAGCCAAAAUAAACCCCGCCUUCCUUAAGUUCCUUCCAUGAUGGAUUUUGUCACAGCAGUGAGGCAAGUAACUAGCAUGCAGGCCCAAGAGUUCUAUCUCUGGGUCAUGUGACGAUGGUCUCUAUUUUGAAUGAUUUCUAUAACAUUUUCCACAAUGGCUGCACUGUUUUAUAUUACCACCAACAGGAUAUAAACAUUCUAAUUUCUCCAUAUCCUUCAUCUGCAGCCAUUGUUUUCUGUCUAGUUAUUUUUAUCACAGCUAUUCUCCAGGUAUUUUAACUUAUGUUUUCCUGAUAAUUGGAGAUGUUGGGCGUCUUAUCACAUUCUUACUAUUCAAGUCCUUUGCCUAUUUAAAAAAGAAAAGCAAAGUUCACUGUAAAAACUUUAACUUUUGCUGGGUAGUGGUGGCGCACGCCUUUAAUCCCAGCACUUGGGAGGCAGAGGCAGGCGGAUCUCUCUACAAGAGCUAGUUCCAGGACAGGCUCCAACGCUACAGAGAAACCCUGUCUCAAAAAACCAAAUCAAACCAAAACAAAACAAAAACAA